AUGGCCUCUCAAGCUAACGGCACCGCCAAGCGAAACAUUUACAACGAAGUUGACGCAUCCUCCUUCAAUUAUACUUCCACUUCGAAAGGAGGUCCUCUCGUCUCCUCAUGGCUUCCUACCCUCCACAACGCCCUUUCCUCACUCCUGCGCUGGACGGGCUCCUACCCAGCCCACAUCAAAGACGCCCAUCUCACCUUUGUGCGCGAAUCCGUGGUCCCACGUCUGAAGCAGCCGCCUGCUGCGCCGGACAGAGUGAACUACAUUCUUACUCACAAUCAGUCCCCUUUUGAAGCAAGUGUCGCCUUUUCAUCUCACAAAGAGGCCAAGGUGCGGUUUACAGUGCAGCCGCUGGUGAAACUCAGCCCUGGGCCUGCGGGCGAUGAUCCAUUAGGGCAGAAGGAACUGCGGCAGAAGCUGGAGGGUCUGGCGUCUGCUUGCAAUGCGGACCGUACUUGGCUGGAUGGCUUCCUUGAUUCUGUUUUCCUUACUGCGGAAGAGGAGGCGGGCUUGGCAAAGAUGAAGUUCGACGAUGCGCUGCCGCGGCAAAUUUGCUAUGCUGGGUUCGACCUCGAGUCCGAGGAAAACGCGACCAUCAGCAUGAAAGCGUACCUUUUCCCGCAACUGAAAGUUCUCGUAACAGGCCGAUCGCUGGUGAACAUCACCGAGUCCGUCGCGACACGUCUCGCCGGGAGCGACGAGGCAAUGCUGACCGCGUGGGAACUACUCAAAACGUAUCUUAUCUCGCAAGGCGAGGACAAAAUGAACAUCUACUUCCUCGCCGUCGACUGCCUGGCUCUCUCCAUGAAGCCUCGCUUCAAGGUCUAUGUACACACGCACGCCAACUCGCUCGCCUCAGCCCGUGACGUCUUCACACUAGGCGGCCGCCUCCCUGCUUCCUCGGCCGACUUCCUCAUACAGGUCUGGCCUUUACUCAUGGACAUGGAAGACGUUGCCCCGGCCGAGAUGGACGGCUUGGAAAAGCCACUCAAUGAUCCGGACAGCAAGUACUGCGGGCUCUGCUUCGCCUUUGAGAUGGUGCCGGGCAAGGCGGUGCCGCAAGUCAAGAUGUACGUGCCCAUUUGGCAGUAUUCCCGUGACGAGGCUGGGGUCGUUGAGCGCUACAAGCGAAUCCUCCAGACGCAGGGGAUGAUGUCGGGGGAGUACGACUUUGGAGCUGGUGUUCGAGACGCCUUGUGA